UGAAUCAGACAUGCUUUUUUAUUACCAACAUUUAAUUAAACCAUUAAAUCUGAGUCCAUAAAAAUUAAAACGGAAUCCAGUAAAAAGCGGAAUGGAAUAAACGGAGUUGAUAAGCCUCUAUAAGCAGUCUGUCGUCACAUGAUGUUUGGUGAUGUACUGAUGGAUUAAUGCUUGUCGUCUUGAACGUCUCGAUUUGCUUCAGCUAAGAUCUUCAGAGUCAGAAUAUGUGUGUGUGUGUGUGUGUGAGCUGCUAAUGAUAGUGUUUCUCUUGCUCUCAGGCGACCUCACAGCUCUGGGAAACAUCAACAGUCUUCAUAGUUUACUGGGAGCAGGACCUCUGUUGCUGCCGCAGGGCCCGCCUCUGAACCAAACGCCCCUCAACCCGCUCACCUGCCUACAGCUGACGAUGACCCCGGCGCUCAUGGGAGAGAAGCCAGCGAGUCUCCACCACACGUCGCCUCCGUCACAAGACGAGCUUCCAGCGGCUCAGAUAUCCCAGAAUGCCUUGCUCCACACCGCCGGUCAGCAGAGAGAGGGUUCUGGUUCUGGGCUGUUCGACCCGUACGGUUCCUUCAUGGACACCAUCUACACCUCGUUCCUGCAGGUCAGCGAGCGCGACUCGGACUCCACGCCGCUGUCGUACCCGGAGCUGCCGCCGGCCCUCAGUCCCCGCCGGGCCUGUUCGGUCCACAACCCGGACCUGACCCGCCUCGGCAUGGACUCGGCCCAGUCUCCGGCCCGCGGCACACCGAAGCUCAGCGAGGAGCCCUCCACGGCGCCGCCCUGCAGGCCGCUGGGGGCCGACGCUCUGUCCGACAUCAUGGAGGAGGCCAAGACCGACGGGUCCACGGUGUGUUACAGCAACGGGAUCGGGUCGGGAGCGGGCGGAAGAGCAGACCGGGACGAGGAGGAGGACGAGGCAGACGAGGAUGAGGAGGAGGGACGAAGAACGCAGGGCUGUUUGAGUCCGCCCGUCGAUGACAUCAGCAGCAGAGAGGCGGAGCAAGUGAGGACUGAAGACUUGCACGCAGGAGCCAGAAGGGGGCGCAAGAGGAAGCAGACACUGCAGAGAAGUCCAGACCUGCCGGGCGGCAUCGACAGCAUCAUCGAGGAGCCCGCCGCCACGAUCCCGUCGUCGAGGCCGGCCCGCUCCACCCGAGGGAAGAGACGCCGCGUGGUCCGAUAGAUCUGACUGUACGGUACCACCAACACCAGCACUGUUGCCACGGCAACGCCGUCACUGUUGCCACGGCUACACCAUCACAGCGUUUGACUGAGCCACACUGUGAAGAAGAGUCUCCCAUGAUCUCGCUCCUCCGUCGUGUGUGUGUGUGUGUGUGUUCGUCCAAUGACUUCUGUUACCAUUCUCGACCAUUGUUACAUGAACGCGUUCUUUUACCAUCAGAGGGGUUUUACUAACGAGAACUAUUGUUAAAUUGUCGCACGAAUGCAUCAGUUUAGGAAUAGCUGUUUGUUUACCAGUUCUUUAUAAUUAUUAUCUUUCUACAUUUGCUUCUCUUUGAUGAUUGUGAUUGACAGCUCUGCCUGGACAUUCACUCCCAUCAGUCUUUAGAUGCACACGAGUCCAUGUUGUCGUCAUCAACAAAUGACUGCUCGUGUUCCAGAGCCGGAAAACCCUGAUCAUUUUACCCAUCAUGCACCUCAUGAACCACUUUUUAGCAUCAAAUGCAAUUUUGUCACACCGCAAAAAAAAAAAAAAAAAAAAAAAAAAUCUUAUUUGGGAAUUUUAUCUGGUUUUUCAAUACAAAUAUCUAAACAUUCUCAGAUCAAGAUGCAUAUACUGGAAAAGCUAAAUGUAUUAUAGACAUUAAAUAUAUACAUAUUUCAUAUAUUGAGAGAAA